UGAUGUGAAACCGUCCAAUAUCCUGGUCAAACGGAACGGUGAGGUCAAACUGUGCGAUUUCGGUGUGAGCGGACACUUGACCGACUCGAUGGCCAACUCGUUUGUGGGCACCCGAAGCUAUAUGGCUCCGGAACGUUUGACCGGUGAACAGUAUAACAUUUUGAGUGACGUUUGGAGCGUCGGUCUGUCCCUGGUCGAACUGACCACCGGACGUUAUCCGAUCCCUGCGAUUGAUGACGAAAAACAAUAUUUGACCGCAUUCAGUCCGGAUCGGGAGGUCAAUCUGGCGGAACAUUUAGAGGUAGCUAAACACGGAAGACCGUUAAAAUGUGAGUCUCGUGUUUAUGCGUGUCUUUGUCUCUGUGAAGGUAUUCGAAAAUUUGUCUGGAGGGAUAAACAAAUGGGUUCUAUGCACAGGUCUCAGAUUCGCCUAUCAUUGUCACUUGGUCAUUUUUUCAUACCGUCCUAA